AGCUGAAGAAAAAGAGACCUGGAGAGCCACUCCCCUUCAGAAAUAGAGAGUAUAUAUUGUGAGGUCCUCUUUACCAACAACACCUGGUGAGAUGGGUACCACUAUGAUUUUGACAUGGCUUCUCUUGUUGAGUCCAGCAGUUUUGGAGGCCAAAACAGCUCCCUACGUCCAUCUGGUGAACGGAAGGCACCGAUGUGAAGGUCGUGUUGAGAUCUACUACCGAGGACGAUCGGGGACAGUGUGUGACGACUACUGGGACCUCGCUGACGCCCAGGUUGUGUGCAGGCAGCUGGGGUGUGGCAGGGCCAUCGCAGCUCUAGGAAGUGCCUACUUUGGGCAAGGCUCGGGUGACAUCGUGCUGGACAACGUGAGGUGCAGAGGAGAUGAGGUGUCCUUGCUGCGCUGCAACCACACGGGGUGGAGGAUCCACAACUGUGCCCACUAUGAAGAUGCUUCUGUUGUCUGUUCAGGUACUCCCACAUUUCCCCCCCUCAACGUGCGGCUGGCGGGCGGCAGGAACGGCUGCGAGGGCCGCGUGGAGCUGUACGACGGCAGCACCUGGGGCACGGUGUGUGACGACCAGUGGGACCUGCAGGAUGCCCAGGUGGUGUGCCGGCAGCUGGGCUGUGGACAGCCCGUGGCUGCACUGGACACUGCUCACUUUGGCCUGGGCUCCGGCCGCAUCUUCCUGGACGACGUGCAGUGCCGCGGGGACGAGCCCUCCCUGCAGAUGUGCCGGCACAACGGCUGGGGCGUGCACAACUGUGGCCACGUGGAGGAUGCCAGUGUCAUCUGUGCAGCUGCCGAUCCAAGCCCUCCUGCUCAAUGGCCGUACACAACAGGGCCCAGCAUGCGGCUGGCGGGCGGCAGCAACGGCUGCGAGGGCCGCGUGGAGCUGUACGACGGCAGCACCUGGGGCACGGUGUGUGACGACCAGUGGGACCUGCGGGAUGCCCAGGUGGUGUGCCGGCAGCUGGGCUGUGGACAGCCCCUGGAUGCCCCACAAAGCGCUCACUUUGGCCUGGGCUCCGGCCGCAUCUUCCUGGACGACGUGCAGUGCCGCGGGGACGAGCCCUCCCUGCAGAUGUGCCGGCACAACGGCUGGGGCGUGCACAACUGCGGCCACGUGGAGGAUGCCAGUGUCAUCUGUGCAGCCGCCAAUCCAACCACUCCUUCUCAGUGGCCACUCACAACAGGGCCCAGCGUGCGGCUGGCGGGCGGCAGGAACGGCUGCGAGGGCCGCGUGGAGCUGUACGACGGCAGCACCUGGGGCACGGUGUGUGACGACCAGUGGGACCUGCGGGAUGCCCAGGUGGUGUGCCGGCAGCUGGGCUGUGGCCAGCCUGUGGAUGCCCCACGCAACGCUCGCUUUGGCCUGGGCUCCGGCCGCAUCUUCCUGGACGACGUGCAGUGCCGCGGGGACGAGCCCUCCCUGCAGAUGUGCCGGCACAACGGCUGGGGCGUGCACAACUGCGGCCACGUGGAGGAUGCCAGUGUCAUCUGUGCAGAGACAUCUACCCCUCUGGAAAUGACCACCACAGCACCAGCCCCUGCCACAACCAGCUCCACGCUGCUGACUACCACAAGCACAAUGGCCAGCACUGCAAAGAGCAGCACACCAGCCCCAGCACCCACCACAUCCAGGCCAAACUCCACAGGGCCCAGCGUGCGGCUGGCGGGCGGCAGGAACGGCUGCGAGGGCCGCGUGGAGCUGUACGACGGCAGCACCUGGGGCACGGUGUGUGACGACCAGUGGGACCUGCGGGAUGCCCAGGUGGUGUGCCGGCAGCUGGGCUGUGGACAGCCCCUGGGCGCCCCACGCAACGCCCGCUUUGGCCUGGGCUCCGGCCGCAUCUUCCUGGACGACGUGCAGUGCCGCGGGGACGAGCCCUCCCUGCAGAUGUGCCGGCACAACGGCUGGGGCGUGCACAACUGCGGCCACGUGGAGGAUGCCAGUGUCAUCUGUGCAGCCCCCCAGCCAACUCCUCCUCCUCAACUGCCGCUCACAGCAGGGCCCAGCGUGCGGCUGGCGGGCGGCAGGAACGGCUGCGAGGGCCGCGUGGAGCUGUACGACGGCAGCACCUGGGGCACGGUGUGUGACGACCAGUGGGACCUGCGGGAUGCCCAGGUGGUGUGCCGGCAGCUGGGCUGUGGACAGCCCGUGGAUGCCCCACGCAACGCCCGCUUUGGCCUGGGCUCCGGCCGCAUCUUCCUGGACGACGUGCAGUGCCGCGGGGACGAGCCCUCCCUGCAGAUGUGCCGGCACAACGGCUGGGGCGUGCACAACUGCGGCCACGUGGAGGAUGCCAGUGUCAUCUGUGCAGCCCCCCAGCCAACUCCUCCUCCUCAACUGCCGCUCACAGCAGGGCCCAGCGUGCGGCUGGCGGGCGGCAGGAACGGCUGCGAGGGCCGCGUGGAGCUGUACGACGGCAGCACCUGGGGCACGGUGUGUGACGACCAGUGGGACCUGCGGGAUGCCCAGGUGGUGUGCCGGCAGCUGGGCUGUGGACAGCCCGUGGAUGCCCCACGCAACGCCCGCUUUGGCCUGGGCUCCGGCCGCAUCUUCCUGGACGACGUGCAGUGCCGCGGGGACGAGCCCUCCCUGCAGAUGUGCCGGCACAACGGCUGGGGCGUGCACAACUGCGGCCACGUGGAGGAUGCCAGUGUCAUCUGUGCAGGGCCCAGCGUGCGGCUGGCGGGCGGCAGGAACGGCUGCGAGGGCCGCGUGGAGCUGUACGACGGCAGCACCUGGGGCACGGUGUGUGACGACCAGUGGGACCUGCGGGAUGCCCAGGUGGUGUGCCGGCAGCUGGGCUGUGGACAGCCCGUGGAUGCCCCACGCAACGCCCGCUUUGGCCUGGGCUCCGGCCGCAUCUUCCUGGACGACGUGCAGUGCCGCGGGGACGAGCCCUCCCUGCAGAUGUGCCGGCACAACGGCUGGGGCGUGCACAACUGCGGCCACGUGGAGGAUGCCAGUGUCAUCUGUGCAGAGACAUCCACCCCUCUGGAAAUGACCACCACAGCACCAGCCCCUGCCACAACCAGCCCAGCACUGCUGACCACCACAAGCACAAUGGCUAGCACUGCAAAGAGCAGCACACCAGCUCCAGUGGCCGCCUCAACACCUCCACCAGCACCUUAUUUUUGUGGUGGCUCAGUCACCGAUGCCUCUGGGGUGCUGCAGAGUCCCAACUAUCCUGGAAGUUAUCCAAACAACGCUGACUGCGUGUGGGAAAUACAAGUAGAGAACAAUUUCCGUGUGACGCUCACAUUUAGAGAUAUUGUGAUGCAAAGCGGGACGUGCCAGCAUGACUACAUUGAAGUCUAUGAUGGACCUCUCCACUCCUCCCCUCUUCUUGGGAGAUUCUGUUCUGGUUCUUUUCCCACAUACGUGUCCUCUUCAAACAUGAUGAGUGUUCGCUUCCACAGCGAUUCCAGAUACUCCUUCAGAGGGUUUCAGGCUCACUACGCCUCCAUUCCAGCAGGUCACAACACCACCAUUCAGUGCUUGCCAGACUACAUGCACGUAGUGGUCAGCAGAAACUACCUCAGGUCUCAGGGCUACUCAGCACAGAGGGUCACCCUGAAUGACAAUCGCUGCAGACCGACAGUCACCUCACAGGAGGUUGUAUUCAACAUCCCCUACAACGGCUGUGGGACGACACAAGAGGAGAGCAACGACACAAUCAACUACUCCAACACCAUCAGGGUCGCAUCUUCCGGGUACGUAAUCAAGAGGAAAAAGAACAUCAACUUGCACGUCAGCUGCAAAAUGCUGAGGAAGAGCUGGCAGCAGGUGAUGUACACUGCUGAGGACACCGUGGAUGUGAACGAGUACCAGUUUGGAAGAUACAACAUGAACAUCACCUUCUACGAUUCCCCAGCGUUCCGGCGCCAAGUGCGCGGCUCUCCCUACUACAUCGACCUUAACCAAAACCUCUACCUCCAAGCCUGUCUUCACAGCUCGGAUCCAAACCUGAAGGUGGUUGUGGACACGUGUGUGGCAUCACCUGACCCUCAUGAUUUUAACACGCUGGCCUAUUACUUAGUCAGGAAUGGGUGUGCUAGAGAUUCCUCCUAUGCCACGUUCUACUCCCCUUCCAGCCACUUUGCUCGCUUCAAGUUCAACGCCUUUGAGUUCAUGAGCCGGCACCCGUCGGUGUACCUGAAGUGCCAGAUGCUGGUCUGCAGGCUCGGGGACUACUCCUCCCACUGCUACCGGGGCUGCAGCUCCAGGCCCAAGAGAGACACCAGCUCUGCAGAGGAAGCAGUGGAUGUGGUGGUUGGGCCCCUCCAGCUCCGAGGAGGGGAUGCUCCCAGUGGGAGCGCCGGGAAAGCUGAAUAAAUUUCUCUCACGUUUGCUCUAGGGUGAUCAACAGGCUUCAAGCAAAGCCACAGCUCUGUCGCCUCUCACUGAAAUCUGCUUUUGCCAAUUUUGACAUAAAAAGGAAGAGAUUCACACCUUUCAAGCUUCUGCUUUCUCCUGCAUUUUUUAAAAGUGUGACUUCCCUGGCUGUCCCAAAGGAGAGUUCCCGGCAAUCCUUUUUAGUGCUGUAACUCCUUGAAUUGUGCUAAUCAGCUCCAGUCUGAUUGUGAAUUUGAUGGCACUUGGGGAUAUGGUUUAUUGGUGAACUUAUCUGUGCUAGUUUAGUGGUAGGACUCAAUAACCUUAAAGGUCUUUUCUAACCCAAAUGAUCCCAUGAUUCCAUGACUGCCAGCUGGGAGCAAACUCCCAGCCUUCUUGAGAAAUAUUUCAUUCCCUCAGCUGUGUUCUGCUCAUGAAGUUUACUUAAUUGAGUUGUCAUCCCUGCAAAUAUGAAGACUGUCCAAAUAGUUGAAAGCAAUGAAUCUGUGAGUUUGCUUAUUUCUGACUUUGAUCUGGGAGCCAUCCCUUUAAAACUGGAGCUGUUUGUGCCUUGACCUUCAAUGUGCUGAGAUCAAACCCCAGAAAUUUCAUUCAUGGGGCUGGGCUCUUCUAGCCACCAGAAUUGUGGCUCUACAAUAUUCUGAUUACUCUGAGUAUUGCUUUUAGUGCUAUAUUUCUCACUGAAACUAUGAUGGGUCUGUGCUUAUUUAUAAAAUGCAGAGAUUUCCAAGCUAAAAUUAAUCUGUUCUGUGAGCAGUGUAAUUUAUAAUCAAAGGAGGGAAUGUUUACAAAGCAAUAAAUCUAUUUUGUCUCUCAAA